UCAAUGGAAAGAAAAACUAGAUUUCUCAUCUCAAGACUUUCAAAAUCUUCAAGGAUUUCGGUUAUGGUAGUCAUGAUUUACAUGAUGGCGGCGAAACAGGUGACUUCACAGUCGUCGGUUGAUAGGAGUAACACUCUUUUAAGAAAAUACUGUAGAUUAUACAAUGCAAUGAAUGGACCGGCAUAUUUAAACAACCUCAACACCACCCUUUCUAGCCUUCGAAGACAACUAUCCGUGGGACAAAUUUACUUUGCCUUUUCACAAGCCGUGGAUAACAAUGAAUUUGUGUAUAGUUUCGCUAUGUGUAGAGAGUAUCUCUCGACCUCGCAGUGUCUGGCGUGUUUUGACACUGCAGCUAACGACACGAAAGCAUGUGGUUUUGCCGAUGGUGGUAAUAUGAUUUAUGAUGAUUGCAGUAUCAGGUACGAGAACUAUGUCCAAGUUUUUGGUAACAUAAGGGAUAAUGAUGCCCUUCCAGCCGGAGUCUGCACAAACAAGUCAGCGCCACAGCCAAUAACAACUUUUAACAACAUGGUAAAUGAAUUGUUGUCUGAUAUCCAAGUCAGCACUCCAAGAACAUCUAAUUUCUAUGUAGCCUCCACAAGGCAAGUCUCGACCAACAAUUCAACCGUGUAUGCAGUUGCACAGUGUGUUAAAAACAUAAGUCAAGCCGUUUGCGGUAACUGCUUGAAUACAGCGUACAACAAUUUACAAAAUUGUCUGCCCGGUAAAGAAGGAAGGACCAUUGACUUUUAUUGUUUUAUGAGGUAUUCUGACACUCCUUUUUUCCAAAGGAACCAGACAAUAGACAUCACACCUUUCCUAACUAAAGCAAUUUCAAGCAAGUUGGGAGUUAUAGCUGGAGUAAGUAGCGGGGUAGGUAUCUUCGUUCUUAUACUGGCUUUGUGGUUAUGGUAUCGACGACAUAAGAAUUCUAAGUCUGUUGGAGAAGAUGAUGACAAUGGAUUACAAGGAGGAAAAAGUUAUAGCUACCAAUGUUUGCGAAUAGCAACUCAUAAUUUUGAUGAACAAUAUAGAAUCGGGAAAGGAGGUUUUGGUGAGGUAUACAAGGCAAUCAUGGACGAUGAGAGUGUAGUGGCAGUGAAGAAGCUUAAUAGUUUCUUAGUUGGUAGUUGCACAGCAAAAUCAGAUUUUCUAAACGAAGUGAAGCUUACGAGUAAUGUUCAACAUAAGAAUCUAGUACGCCAACUAGGUUGGUGUAUUGAAGGACCCGAACUACUUCUUGUCCUAGAAUACAUUCCACAAGGCAGCCUUUCCAAAUUCUUAUGGGGUGCUAAACGGGGCACAUUAAACUGGCGAAAGAGAUAUGACAUUAUCUUUGGAGUUGCUAAAGGUCUCGCCCAUCUUCAUAAUGAAUUCCAUGUAAAGAUAAUCCAUAGAGAUAUAAAGUCGGAGAACAUUCUUCUUGACGAUGAUUUGCAACCCAAAAUCUGCGAUUUUGGUUUGGCUAGAUUUCAGACAGAGGAUCAAACUCAUAUUAGCACAAAGCUUGCUGGGACUUUGGGAUACAUGGCACCGGAAUAUGCAAUCAAUGGACAUUUAACAGAGAAGGUUGACGCCUACAGCUUUGGCAUCGUGGCCCUUGAAGUCGUUAGUGGUCGAAAAUGUACUGAUGUAAACUUUAGUGGACCUGACACAGAUUACCUUCUUGAGCAUGCGUGGCAGUUGUACGAGAGAGGUGAGCACAUGGAGUUAAUCGAUGAAGCGUUAGCUACAGAGGAAUACGAUCAAGCAAGCGUGAUGAGGACAAUAGAGAUUGCUCUAAUGUGUACCCAGUCACCAGCUUCUUUAAGGCCAACCAUGCCUGAAGUUGUUAUAAUGUUGUCAAGUGGACAAUUUUUAGGGCCAAGGCAACUGGUCAAGCCUAGUUUCAAUGAUUCUCGCAGACUGAUGAGACGCAUAGUUGCAAAUCGGUCCUAGAAUACUACACAACUUGUAUCGAGCUCUUAGGUACAUUUUAGGACAGUUGCAGCCCAACACAUUAUUGUGAUCAUAUAUAUCUUGUUCUUCUUGAUUU